GACGACAACACGACUCAGAGGACGGUGAAGCUCUGUUCCGUUUAUUGCAAGUACAAGCAGAUUUUUAUACUUUCAUUUUUGGCAGUGAUUGACAUUUUCCGUUAGGCAAAGCAGGAAAUUUUCUACCUGGAUAUCAGGUCACGCUAGUCUAGUGACCUCAGACAAUUAAAACUAGCUGUAUGUGCAGAGUUUGAAUGUCUUAUUGUUUAUUAAAGUUCUCAGAAAAAGGAUAUGCUAGAUUGAGUAGAGGUUAUAGGAAAUUUAUUAUAAGGCCUUUGUGACGUCUAACUUAGCUAUCUAUCUUUUCUGUCUAAAAUGUUUCUCUAUGCACCAUGGACUCUGACUCCCUGGUAACUGUUUCUACGUGCUUAGUUUGGAAUAGCUAACCAGUUUUUCUUCUUUGCCUGUCUAAUUCUACUGAUGUAUAUUCCUAUUUAAGGUAAAGCCGGGGCUGUUACUCCAACAACUUUUAGACAUUCAGGGGCUAUUUCAUUAGAGGGGAUUUUGUUCUCUGCUCAAGAAAUUAUUUUGUACAACUUCAUUGGAAUUAUGCGAAUCAAUGAACCUGAGGUACAGGUGUCUGACAAUCCCACCACCUUUUGCUCACCAAAACAAACAUGUAAGGAGAGAUAGACAGGACAUCCAGCCACAGUAAACCUUUUGACCUAAAGGUGAUAGACAGUUUUAUUGGAUUUUGUAGGGUACAGGCCAUUCUUGACUUUCUCAUGUCUUAUUCUAUUUUUGUUUGGAUAGUUCAGAGAGUUCUUUUUUGUAGCUCCUGCCUGAUAGGGGGAAGUGUGGGCAAAAUCCUUUGACAAGCUGGCGGAGUAGUGACUUUUUUUGUUCCUUAGUUAAUGAACACCAGGGGGGUCUGCUUCGAGCUAGCCUUCCCACGAAAUUUAGACUAUUAUAAGGCACUUGGACUCCAUCCUUACUGACCGUUCUAAUGCCACCCUCAUUAUAUGCUCCUGUAUAAGGCAAUGGGGGAUCUGGAACCGUCUGGAGACUAUUAGCUACUCUUGGGGAUGCCAUAAUUUGCCAUUAAUCCAACAUGUUACCCAGGGGUAUCCCUGGGCUGUGGGUAAGGGUCUAUAUAAUUUUUUUCUUGUUUUGUAGAAAGACUCUUUGUAUCUAUGGGUAAGGAACAGGCAUGGGAAAGUCCGCCAAUAAUUCAACCUGUUGUAACUGAUUUAUGAAUUGUUUUAUGGGAACAAUCGGGCAUAGUUUCUUCCUCAGGUUUAUAAACUCCUUGUUUAAAACAAUUUGGGCAGGAUUCCAUAGUCAGGGGAGAACUAGUUGUCCCUUCAGAAUUUCCCUCAAAAUCAAUCAUUGACUCACUUCGAGCCUCUUUCUCCUCAUGUCCUGUUCUUAUGGGAAUCAGGGUACAAAGUAAGACCAUGAUCAAUAUUAGCAAGGAAAUUAGUAAGAGCAAUCCCCAGGAAAAUUACCGCCCCCCUUUGUAUGCCACGCUCUCUUCCAGGAAGAUGGAUUCCUUGAAUGCCCUCUUUCCACGUUCGGACCUUGUCAGAAAACAUGGUUGGAGGAGGGCGUGGCAACCACCCAAAGACCCACCUGCACAGUCUGGAAAUGACAGAACCCCUGGAGGGGUCAGAGGGGUCGUCUCAUGACGUUGGGUGGUGUUUGUGGCCCACAUGACAUGUGGUCACCUGGGGGGUGUCUCUGUCUCAGUGCCUCACGGAGUUCCUGUCCCCUUGUGCGUCCACGGUCCUCUGAUGACAGGGGUCCUCCUUCCCGUGGUGACGGGUUCCAGUGAGUGUCUGUGGGCACACUCGGCCACCAGGAGACAUCCCUGUGUGCUUCUCACUGAGGGGGUCUGUGUCUCCCCCUUGUGAGCGGUGCUGCUGUGAGCCGUGGUGCCGUGGACGCCGGGUGCAGGUGCCUCGACCGAGGGUUUUCUCGUCCUUCACGAGCACUCGUGGGGUCGGUCUGUCUGGACUUGGUCCCGUGUCUGCUGGAAACUCUGUCGGCCUGUGACUUCACUGACACGUUUCCUGUUUCUCCCGAAGUCCGAGCGCAGACAGCGGUGGUUUUCUCGGGAGCUGUUUCAUGUUCCCCCGGUUUGUCUGGGCAUCACGAUCAUCAUCAUCAUUGCCAACGUCAAGAUGCCAACGUCGGAGGAUUCCAGCCCGUGUGCAGAGGGCUCCCCGGAGGGGCGCACUCCGAGUCGGAGGCCCUGGAGGAGAGGGAGUGACAGCCCGGGCUGGGGGCGCUCCAGGCGCUGCGGGAGGACGGGGCCGGGCCUCUGCCGGGUGGUCCCGGUUCUCCCCGCCGCGGCCCCUCCCCCACCCGGAGCCGCUCCGAAAGGGAACAGCCCGGCAGCCAUCCCGGUGCUUCUCUGCUCAGCCCCAGGCCCCGGGGCUCACGGACGAUCGGCCCCUCGGCCGUCUGAACGGUGAGGCUGUUUCAGCACGUCCUUCCCCCCGCGUGGCUCCAGGGGACCCACAGGGAGCCGGCGCGCUCGAGAGAGCCGCCCCAGCAGAAGAAAUGCGGCGAUGGCGUCGUCCUCUGGGGGCGCAGUCGCCCUGAAGCCGCCCUGGCGGGUAGCCAUUCCGCCACGGACUGCCGUUCCCGCCGCCAUUUCUCGGGCCGGGCGGACGCGGCGGGCUGGCGUGUGGUCCCUGCUGCCCAGCCCCUGCUGCCCUCUCUCUGUGCACAGCAGGUCAGGAUGGGGAGGUGCCUGGUGCUCCGACUGCCUGCCCUCCCUGUGUGCCUCGCCGUGGUCCAGCUGCUCAGCCCCUGCUCAGCUGAGUUUGCUGUGGUCGGACCCCCCAAGCCCAUCCUGGCCAUGGUGGGUGAAGACUCAGACCUGCCCUGUCACCUGUCCCCGAAGAUGAGCGCUGAGACCCUGCAGCUCAUGUGGGAGCGACCCGGCCACAGGCAGGUAGUGCACGUGUACGCACACGGGCAGGAGGACACGCCGGCAGAAGAGUUUGGAGGGAGAACUUCAAUUAUAAGAGAGGACGUCACUGCGGGGAAGGCCGCUCUCCGGAUUCACAAUGUCAGGGUCUCAGACAACGGAACCUACCUGUGUUAUUUCCAAGACGGAGACUUCUAUGCAAAAGCCCAGGUGGAGCUGCAGGUGGCAGCGCUGGGCUUUGAUACCCACAUUGACAUGGAGGCCUACGAGGCUGGAGGGAUCCGUCUGGAGUGCACGUCUGCCGGCUGGUACCCGCAGCCCCAGAUCCAGUGGAGAGACGCCAGGGGACACAGCUUGUCUGCUGAGGUGGUCAUCGAGGCUGCAGACCCCCAGGGCCUUUAUGCAGCCUCAGCCUCUGUGAUCCUGGAAGGCGGCUCUGGGGAGGGGGUCGCCUGUGUCAUCAGAAAUCCCCUGCUGGGCCAGGAGAGGUCAGCCAGGCUUUCCAUCGCAGGCUCCUUCUUCAGGGACACACAGCCUCGGACGGUGGUGCUCGUGCUGGUGCUGUUUAUUGUGGCUCUGGUGGUGGCGGCGGUGUACUUGCUGUGGCGACACUGGAGAAGGAAGAAGGCCCCGUCUCAGGCCACGAACAGGAUCUACUUUGAAUUUGGGCAGGAGGUUCCCGAAUCUAGCUGGACGAUGUUCAUGAGGUUCGCGGGACUGGAGGAGAACGACCUUGUCAUCUGUGAGCACGCGGACCCGGGGACCCUGGCGGAGCAGCCCCACAGGACACUGCCGUGCGGGCAGAGCGAGCUGGGGCAUGCUGCGUCCCCCUGCAGGCUCGUGGCGGCCCUCUGUGAGAUGCGGCUGCGGGAGCGUCUGGAGAAUGGCACUGAACACCUUCAGCUCCCACGCAGCCCCUCAGCGAAGUCCAUGCCACUCCAGCCAGCCUGUCCCGUUCAGACCCUUGGGCAUCAUCCCCAGAGGCAGCUCAGCCCUCUUCCCAGUCCCACAGGAUGGGACUGUCCCAUGUCCCUCCCCGACCUGUGUGCACAGCCCCCUAGGCCCGCCUCCCUCCACGCUGUCAUGCCCUGGGAUGGUGGUGUUGAUGCCUGAGGCGGUUGCCUAGCGACCGGACUUCUUCCCUCGGCAAAGCAGGGGCGGGGCGGGGUGGGGCAGGACUGUCAGUCCCACCAAGCGCACCAGAUUCUGGGAAUGAGUCCCUGUGGUUUGGGGUCCAGGAUUACUAGGACGGCGGUUUGCUCCUAGGAGCACGGUGACUGUUCACAACGGGGCAUUCGAGGGGAGACCCCAGCCUGAGGGGCUGGCCCCGGGUCAGACAGGGGUCACCCUGGUUUUGUCGGGCCUGAGUCCUCCAGGGUCUUGGUGGGCUGGCUUCCUGGCUGGCAUGGCCAGAGACUCAGGGUACACGCCUGCCUAGGAGGGAUGGAUGACUGACAGGCUCCCUGUCCGGAUCCUCACGUUGGGGCGUCUCCCGGCCACUGUCCUUUCCCAGGACACAGCCCGCAGGUGCCCAGGCAGAGGGCGGUGGCCCUGUGUGCCUGCAGAAGCAGCUGGGCAGAAGCAGCUGGACCCUUCCGACGUUACUGACAUGGCCGCCACCUCUGGCUCCUCAGUGGAGUCUGGCCCCCCUGUCCAGAGUGUGUAGAGUGCAGCAAGAAGAGACUCGGGGCGACCUAGGAGGUAGUACCUGUAGUUAACAACGUGGUAUUGUGCGCGUAAAAUGUCGCUAGGCCCUGGCUGGUGUGGCUCAGUGGACUGAGUGCUGGCCUGGGAACCCACGGGUCGCUGGUUCCAUUCCCAGUCAGGGCACAUGCCAGGUCCCCAGUAGGGGGCGUGGGAGAGGCAACCUCACACUGAUGUUUCUCUGCCUCUCGCCCUCUCUGAAAAUAAAUAAAACUUUAAAAAAAUAUAUUGUUAAGGUAGAUUUCAUGUAAAGCAUUCUUACUUUGAAAAAGAGGAAAGGAAAAGGUAAUGUUCAGAUGUCACAAUUAUUGUUCAUGACCCCCUGUGGUGGUAGUACCGCGGGAGGACACACGUGUGCAAACCCAUCACAUGUAUACAUGACACGUGCAGUUCCGCGUGUCCCAGGCCCCUGCCCGUAGACUGCCCGGCAGACCCGCUUUGGGGCCGCAGGGACUCUAACACGAGCAGCGGGGUUACUGCCUGGGACGUCUGGGAACGCCCCCCCCCCCAUGCCCCCCACCUCACCCAGGAAAGUCUCUCACUCCUGUUUGAUUGCGGGGAGAGACCGGGAGCGAGUUCACGACGGCCGGAGGAGCCGUUCUCCUCGGGCUCUCCUCCCAGCCUUCCUCGGGGAGGACGGGUGGCCGAGGCCCCUGCGGGUCCGAAGCGCGGACUGAUACCCGCCCUCCACGCCGGCCGCCGAGUUUAGGGGUCACGUUGAGCCCUCGGAGCACAGUCAGAGGCACGAGGAUGUCAUCACAUGGACCUUCGUGAUCGUGAGAAAGGAGAAGAAUCCACAUGUCCGGAAAGUCAUGGUGACUAGAUGCAUCACUGCUCGUCCAAGUAUGAAAUUGCGUGGGGCUACUGAGAAGGGUAUUAGCCAAGAAUGUGAAAAUACAUGAACAAGGUUGCCACAUACCUUGUUAAGGGAAAGAAUCUGGCCCUGGCUGGUGGCUCAGUGGGUUGGGCACAGGUUCCGUUCCCGGUCAGGGCACGUGUGUGGGUUGCGGGCCAGGUUCCCUGGUGCGGGACACGCAAGAGGCAACCACACAUUGAUGUU